AUGACACUCAUAUCCUACCUUGCAUUUUCUAUUGUUUGCGUAGUAAUAUUAUUAUUGGGUGAUGGUGUAUUUGCACACUCUUCGAUGAAAUAUCCCCUUCCGCGUGGUCAUCCAUUGAACCCAAAUACACCAAAAAAAGAUUUCGAAUGUAUGACAGCGCCACUCAACGGUGGAAUUAGUUGUCCAAAAAAACCGUUCCCAUGUGGAGGAUACCCAGUUGACACAAAAGUAACUCAAGUUUUCCAAGCUGGGGAAAUAAUCAAUGUCAAAUUCUAUAAUCCAAAUUUCCCCGGAAAACUAACGUCCGCAGACGCUAAACGUAAUCAAGGUCGUCAUAAUGGUGGCUUUUGUGAAUUUGCCCUUUCUUAUGAUGGUGGUAAAACGUACACGGUGAUUGCUACUUAUCAUCGAACAUGUCCCGAUAUUUUCUUUGACUGGAAAGUAAAAAUCCCCGAAGCUGCCCCUUCUUGUAACAAACGUGGAAAAUGUAUUUUCUCGUGGUCAUGGAUAAAUUCAGAUGCGAAUCGUGAAUUCUAUCAAAAUUGUGCCGAUGUAAAGAUUGUUGGUAAUUCGAGGAAACCAUUGCCAAUUAUAGAUAUUACACGCGUGAAUUUACCACCGAAAUUCAAGAAAAUUAUCUCACCACCUGGAGAUCCAUCGAAUACGGGUAAUGCAAAAGGACGUGGUCCAUUAUCGUCUGAUGUUUCUGCUAAUUUGGCAUUGAAAAUCGGAUCAUAG